AUGGGAUUCCAAUCGAAUGGCUCUGCAGCAGCAGAGAAGCCGCUCAAGUUCCUGAUCUACGGGCGCACGGGGUGGAUCGGGGGCCUGCUCGGGCGGCUCUGCGAGGCGAAGGGCCUAGAUUACUCCUACGCCGCCGGCCGCCUCGAGGACAGGACGCAGAUCGAAGCGGACAUCGCGGCGGCGCAGCCAACGCACGUCUUCAACGCCGCCGGAGUGACCGGCCGCCCCAACGUCGACUGGUGCGAGACGCACAAGGUGGAGACCAUACGCACCAACGUCGUCGGAACGCUCACUCUGGUUGACGUCUGCCGGGAGAAGGGGAUCCUCGUGGUGAACUACGCCACCGGCUGCAUCUUCGAGUACGACGAUGGCCACUUGCUCGGAUCCGGGGUUGGCUACAAGGAGGAGGACACUCCCAACUUCGUCGGCUCCUUCUACUCCAAGACGAAGGCCAUGGUACCGCACUUUCCAUUUUCCCGUGUCCUCUAGAUUUGACAGUGAUUUCCACCGUCGAUGCUUCAUUUUUGUCGAAAAUUUGGAACUGAAGAUGUUUUUUUCUGUCUUGUUCAAUUUGACGGUUCGUUGUCUGUUUUGUUUCCAGUAUUGGUAUCUGAAUUAUUGACCUAAUCACGCUCUCUUAGUUUAUUAUGUUCUGCCUUUUCGUCCGCGGCUUCAUUUUGAGAAGGCAAAGGUAUUUGGUGCUGGACUCAUAGUUCAUAUGGGGUUUUCGUCUUUCCCGUCCUUUUUCCAGUAUUUGGUGCUUGACUCGUAGUUCACGAAAUAGACGGGAAAUAUUUCGUGAAAGCCUUGAAGAAGAAGAUUAAAAGAAGACGAGACUAUAGUUCACGCUGGAAUUCUCAUAGUUUUCUUGAGCUAUGGGCUUUAUCUGUUUGAUCGCACUUCAUUUCCGUUUUAAGUUUUCAUACUUGACUCGGGCCCUAUCUGCAUUGUAGCAUCCAUUUUUAGGCUUCAGCAACGUUGAUUUGGCUAGUGACUACGACGCCUGUUUACAUAAUUGUGCUUGAAUUCGCUUAGUGUUUGAAGAAAAACAAAAGGGAGUGUUCCGAGGGAAAUAAUUGUUGCGGGUAUAUGCAUCAGAUAUCUCUCGUCGUAUUUUUCCAGUGAGUUCUAGUUCAGACUUAACCUAUUGUGAGUGUGAUUCUCUGAAAUCUGGACUAAUUUUUUCUUGUUUCUUGUAUGGUUGUUUCAAUGCUUUUGACAUCAAUACCUUCUGCACUGUGAUUGGUUAGAAUCCAUUGAGAGAGUGGCAGAUCAAGAACAUAUUUUAUUCGCAUAACUACAGACCUCAAUUGCCUAUCAUAGGCCUUUGGGUCACUUUAGUUUUUUAGGUAUUCCUUUCAUUCCUCCCAUAUAGAAACCCAGAUGGUUGCUUCUACGUGAAGAUAUGGUCUGAUGAUUCAUUCUGUGUGGGAUAGCAAGCGGGUGGGAUUUUGCUGGUAGAUGGCCUGAGACAUGCAUGCAACAGCACUCUUAUGGAUUAGAAAUAUAAAAAAGCUUGAUCUAAAUGAUACCUGUGCAUUGAAUCAGGCUGCUUUGGAUAGAACUUAGUUGACUCAUGAGUCAAAUAUGUCAGAUUGAGGCACGCAUAACUUUGGUGAAAACAAAUCAUGAACUCCUGAAGAGAGGGAGGUUAACAGCGUGUGACUGAAUCACUGAACCAAACAUUUUUUUUAUGACUAACUAUUGCAAAUUGUUUGAUGUUUUCAAUGUUUGGGCUGGAACUGUCUGCCAGAACAAGAAAAAUUUUCUUCUGAUUUGAUCAUAUGAUCAACAAAAACUUUCAUGGCUGUAGUAAAAGUGGCUGAUUGUAGUCAAAACUGUAUAGAACUGUCAACCAAAACAUAAAAAAAAAAACUCUUUUUGGCAUGAUCAUGUGGUACUGGAAGCUAGGAAUUCUGAUUCCCUGGUUGGUCCACUUUGGAUCUUGUUCAAGAAUGGCUGAUCUUCAGCUAGCAUCUUCAGUGAUGAAGGUUGUUGUUCUUUACCCAUUAAAUAAUCAUGUGAGAAAUCAUCAUGCAUUGAGGCCAUGAUCGGGAGAAAGCAGUACUUUUGUGCGCAAAAUACUGGUUUUUUUAAGACAUAUAGAGAAUCUAGAGCACACCCAGGAUCAGUACUCUUUCCUUUUAAUAGUACUGUAAGAAAUCAUCAAGAAUCAGACCCAGCUACCGGAAUUCAAUCGGAAAAGUGUAAGAACUCUAUGGUAACACGAGCAUGUCUAAUUAUUUACCAGUGAUCCUGGGGGAGUAAUGCUUGUUUCUGAGGGUGGACCUCGGUCGGAUGAAUAAUCUCUGCACCCCUGGUGCCUGUAGGUGGAGGAGCUGCUCAAGAGCUACGAAAACGUCUGCACCCUCCGGGUGAGGAUGCCGAUCUCCUCGGACCUCUCCAACCCCCGCAACUUCAUCACGAAGAUCACCCGCUACAACAAGGUGGUCAACAUCCCCAACUCCAUGACCAUCCUGGACGAGCUCCUCCCCAUCUCCAUCGAGAUGGCCAGGAGGAACCUCACCGGAGUCUGGAACUUCACCAACCCUGGAGUGGUCAGCCACAACGAGAUACUGGAGAUGUACAGGGACUACGUUGACUCCACGUUCACCUGGAAGAACUUCACCCUCGAGGAGCAAGCCACCGUCAUCGUUGCCCCCCGCAGCAACAACGAGCUUGACGCCUCCAAGCUCAAGACCGAGUUCCCCGAGCUCCUACCCAUCAAGGAGUCCCUCAUCCGCUACGUCUUCGAGCCCAACAAGAAGAAGGGCCCUGCCGCCUGA